AUGCCUACAGAGACAGCGGUUCAGUAUUCAUUGCUGUCAAAAAAAGAAAAUGCACACGAAGACCCUAUAUACUGCUGUGCUUGGACAAAAAUUAAGCCGACUGGCGAUUCGCUGGAAAAAUCACAAGAUUAUAUAGUAUCAGGUGGAUUAGAUGGAAAUGUAAAGGUUUGGAGGGUGGCAUAUAAUAAACUUGAGUUACUAUAUAACUUGCAAGGGCACAGUAUGGCCAUUGUCUCAAUUGCUAUAAGCCCAGAUGGACAUACUUUAGCUACAACAUCCUUAGACUCAGUUUUGAUUAUAUGGGAACUAUCAUCUGGGUUUAAAGUUCAUGAAAUAGAAACAAGUGCAACAGACACUUGGAAUGUAGCAUUCUCCCCCGAUGGCAGUAAAAUAGUUACAGGUAGUCACACCGGCAAGCUUAUCAUGUAUGAUGUUGAAAAGAAGAAUGUUGUAAAAAGCCUUGAUACGAGGGGAAGUUUUGCUUUAUGUGUAGCAUGGAGUAAAGAUAGCAAAUACAUAGCAAGUGGUUCUGUAGAUGGCAGCAUUUGUAUUUUUGAUGUAGUUCAGGGGAAGCUGAUUCACACUAUUGAUGGCCACACAGAAACUAUUAGAUCUAUAGAGUUUUCUCACAAUAACCAACUUUUAUUGACCGCUUCAAAUGAUGGCUUUGCUAAAUUAUUUAAGGUUGCAAGUGGCGAUUUACAAUGCAGCUUGAAACUUGAAAAAUGGUUGCUAAGCGCGAAAUUCUCACUAGAUGGCACCCGUGUGGCUCUUGGUACAAGUGACGGCGAAGUUAUUAUUGCAACAGUGUCAGAUCUUAAAGUCCUACAUACUUUUCAAGAGCAUACAAGCAUGGUUUGCGGCGUACAGUUCAACGCAGAAAGCGAAAUGGUCGUGUCUGUCGCGAAGGACAGAACGAUAAAUAUAUAUGGAUGCCCGAAAUUAACUACUAAUAAAAAGUAA